CGCAGUCCUCGUCUCUCUCUCUUGGAAACUUUGAUGUCUUCAUCGUCCUCGCUCACCGUCCUCGUGCUCGGCAGUGGCGGCCGUGAGCACGCUCUUGCCCACACUCUGGCACGCUCUGCCCGCGUCGCUCACGUCUACGUCGCCCCAGGCAAUGGCGGCACGGCGUCCGGCAACACUCGCAUCUCCAACCUGGCGGUGCCAGACAACGACUUCCCCCGGUUGAUUGCCGCCGCUCGCGAGCACAAUGUUAACUUUGUCGUCGUCGGGCCCGAGCAGCCCCUUGUCGAUGGUGCCGUCGAAGCUUUCAGAGCCGCCGGCAUCCGCGCAUUCGGUCCUUCUGCUCGCGCUGCUCGUCUUGAGGCGUCCAAGGCCUACUCGAAGGCUUUCAUGAAGCGCCACAACAUUCCCACUGCUGCUUUUGAGACCUUUACCGACGUUGCUGCAGCUGAGGCAUACAUUCGCUCUGUGAAGCAUGACGUCGUUAUUAAGGCUUCUGGUCUUGCAGCUGGCAAGGGCGUGGUGCUCCCGACAACCAAGGACGAGGCUAUCGCUUCAGUGCGUCAAAUGAUGGUGGACAACAUUUUCGGUGCUGCGGGCGCUGAGGUUGUCAUUGAGGAGCGCAUGACUGGCCCAGAGGCCAGCGUGUUUGCGCUGACCGACGGCUAUUCCUUCACCCUGCUUCCUGCCAUUCAAGACCACAAGCGAAUUUUCGACAACGACGAGGGUCCCAACACGGGUGGCAUGGGCGCAUUCUCGCCCCUUCCUUUCCUGACCCCGGCCCUUCUCGACACCAUUUCGCGCAAAAUUAUCAAGCCAACCAUCGACGGCAUGCGUCGCGAAGGCUCCCCGUACGUCGGUCUGCUGUACGCUGGUGUCAUGCUCACCCCGGAAGGACCCAAGACGCUCGAGUACAACUGUCGUUUCGGUGACCCCGAGACACAGGCGGUGCUUUCCUUGAUUGAUCCUUCGCACGGUGUCGAUCUGAUCGACCUGUUCGAAGCGUGUGUCGACGGUCAUUUGGACUCUGUUCAGCUGUCGAUCAAGGCUGGCUCGGCCGUUACGAUCGUCGUCGCAUCGAAGGGCUACCCCGGCGCCUACGAAAAGGGUCUGCCCAUUUCCCUUCCGGCACCAGAAGCCAUGCCUGCCGAUGUGCACAUCUUCCACGCGGGCACUCAGCAGUCGGCUGGCAAGCUCGUCACCUCUGGUGGCCGUGUUCUUGCUGUGACCGCCGUUGCCCCCACCCUCCACGAAGCGCUUGCGCGAGCUUACACUGUUGUCGACCAGGUCAAGUUUGAGGGCAAGCAGCACCGCACCGACAUUGCCAAAAAGUUUGCCGUCCCUCAUACCGCCGACGCCAAGGCUGCAGUAAGCUACGCCGACGCCGGCGUUGACAUUGCCGCAGGCGACGAGCUCGUCGAGCGCAUCAAGUCCAAGUGCAAGACGACCCGACGACCCGGCUGCGACGCCGAGCUCGGUGGCUUUGGCGGCCUGUUCGACCUCAAGCCCCUCGGCCUCACCGACCCCAUUAUGGUGUCGUCGACCGAUGGUGUCGGCACGAAGCUGCGCGUUGCUCAGACCAUUAACUUGCACGACACUGUCGGCAUCGAUCUUGUGGCCAUGUGCGUGAAUGACCUGAUCGUUCAAGGCGCAGAGCCGCUCUUCUUCCUCGACUACUUUGCCACUGGCAAGCUUGAUGUUGAUAUCGCCGAGCUCGUCGUCGAGGGUAUCGCCGAAGGCUGUCGCCAAGCCGGCUGCGGCCUGAUUGGCGGCGAGACCGCCGAGAUGCCCAGCAUGUACGCUCCUGGCCACUACGACUUGGCUGGCUUCACUGUGGGCGCUGUCAACCGUGAUGCUCUCCUGCCUGCGGCCGACCUCGGAGCGGGAGACGUGCUCAUUGCGAUCGCCUCGUCUGGUUUGCACAGCAACGGCUUCAGCCUGGUCCGCCAUCUUGUUUCGCUGGCCGGAGCCGAUUACGCUGCCCCUUGCCCGUUCGACUACUCGUUGUCAAUGGCCACCGACCCACGCUCGUGCUACUCGUACGGCCGGCGUCUGGCUGCGCUUGGUCGCCCGGCCACCCUCGGCGAGGUCUUGCUCGCCCCGACUCGCAUGUACAUCAAGUGCUUGCUUCCCUCCAUCCGACGACGUGCCAUCAAGGCGCUUGCCAACAUUACUGGCGGCGGCUUUGUGGAGAACGUUCCGCGCGUGUACAGUGACAAGCUGCAGGCCGUUGCAGACGCUCACAAGUGGCCUCUGCCCCCCGUUUUCAAGUGGUUGCAACAGAUUGGCAAUGUCGAUCUUGAGGAGCUCGCGCGUACCUUCAACUGCGGCGUGGGCAUGGUCUUGAUUGUCGACCCGGCCAAGGUGGACUCUGUUCUGGCAGACCUCGAACUCCAAGGAGAAAAGGCUUGGGUGGUCGGACACCUGCAAGAACGACCUGCUGGCGGCGCACCGGCAACGAUUGCCAAUAUCAAUGCUUGGAAGAGUGCAUAAGGCAAAAGUUGAGUCAACCAGUGAUGUGUUUGUUGUGUUUUAUUGUGCUUGCCAAUUUACUUUCAAUGAAGCUUGACUUUGUUGA